UGAAAAAAUUUAUGUAAACCAGAAUUGUUUUCCUUUGAGAGCAAGUGGUACUGUUAUAGAAAACAUGGAUAAAAAGAUCUCAUCGAUAUCGCAGCCACGCAUUUUAAAAAAAAAACAUUUUCGAGUGAAGCAUCAAAAAGUAAAACUUUUUCGUGCCAAUGAACCGAUUUUGAGCGUAUUUAUGUGGGGAAUUAAUCACACUAUCAAUGAACUAAGUCAUGUAAACAUUCCUGUAAUGCUGCUGCCCGAUGACUUUCGAGCUUAUUCCAAAAUUAAGGUGGAUAAUCAUCUAUUUAACAAGGAAAAUAUGCCGUCACAUUUUAAAGUGAAAGAAUAUUGCCCCCUUGUAUUUCGAAAUUUGCGCGAAAGAUUUGGCGUGGAUGAUGUUGACUAUCGUGAGUCCUUAACACGUUCGCAGCCAAUACAAAUUGAUUCCUCUGGAAAGUCAGGUGCACAAUUCUAUCAGAGUUAUGAUAAGUUUUUCAUAAUCAAAAGUUUAACAUCAGAAGAAAUAGAGCGUAUGCACGCAUUUUUGAAGCAGUAUCAUCCUUUCGUUGUUGAACGGCAUGGCAAAACCCUAUUACCGCAAUAUUUAGGCAUGUACCGGAUAACUGUGGAAAGCGUGCAAUAUUAUUUUGUGGUCAUGAGGAAUGUUUUCAGCUCUCACUUAACAAUUCACAAAAAGUUUGAUUUGAAAGGUAGUACCGUGGAUCGGGAGGCAUCGGAGAAGGAGCUUGAGAAACAUUUGCCAACCUUAAAGGAUAAUGAUUUUAUCAAACAAAAAGUUAAAUUGGAUAUCGGAAAGGAAGCAAAACGGAAGUUAAUGGAUACGUUGAAUAAUGAUGUGGACUUACUGAUCAAGUUGCACAUUAUGGACUAUUCGUUAUUAGUCGGCGUACAUGAUUGUGUGCGGGCCGAGGAAGAAGCUCUCCAAGGCGACAAUGUAGCAGCAGCUGGUCGGAGUGAAAAUAGCGAGAGUGAGGAGUGCGAUAGUGGUGAACGCUGGACGUACAAUACUCCGCCUGAUUCACCAAGGGGUGCACAGUAUAAAGAAGUCAUUUAUGAAGUUGAUAUCUAUGACAUUCCGAGUAUUGAAGAAAAACGAGAAAUAUACUUUAUAGCUAUUAUAGAUGUUUUAACACAAUAUGGCGUUAAGAAGCAGGCAGCGAAAGCAGCUAAAACUGUUAAGUAUGGGAGCAAUGUUGACGGUAUAUCAACAUGCGACCCUGAACAAUAUGCCAAACGAUUCUUGGAAUUCAUGGAUAAAGCUAUAGAAUAAAAUACUUAUCAUUGUAACCAUUAUAUUGUAUUUGCCACAUUCAAAAUGUCAGAAAAUGUUAUUAUGUACUAAAAUAUAAGUUAUUUUAACACUA